CCGCCGUUACGACAAAUUAAUAAAAACAAAACAAAGAUCAGUUCCUGUCAAAGUGGUGUCAUAACUGAACGUUGGUGUGGAUAAAUUAUCAGUGCAAAACGAGUGUAUUUUGUGGGAAAAUAUGGCCGAGAACUCGGACACGAAUCCUGCUCAAACAUCCUCGAACGAGGGAUGGUUUAACUCCUGGCUGAGUGCUGUUAAAAACAAGAGCACUGAGGUGUUGGAGUUUGUCAAGAAAGACUUGGAGGAGUUCGGGACUGCAGUGAAAAAUGAGGCGACUAGUGUGGUGUCUUCGGCAGGCUCAGUGAUGGAGAAAACUCUAAGUCUGGAGUCACCGGACUCAACCGCAAACACGGUGAAACGCAGCUUUAGCACCUUUUUAGGUCAAAUGAACACCGUUCUGAACCCCGGCCCCGACGACGAGGAUACCGAAAUUCUCAUCGUUGAAAACUCAGAAACUCAUCAGCUCAACAAAUUGCAGCAAGCGCUCUACGAGCUGCAGAAGGACCCGGACACAUAUCUGAGCGACCCGGCGCCCCAGCUCAGAAAACAGUACGAGUGCUGGCUGGAGAUUUUGGAGCCGGAUCAGCUGUCUGAUGAGCGAAUAGCCAAGCAGGUCAAUAGCUCAGAAGUCCUGAAGCAACACUAUGCUAAACUGGUGCCCGAGGUUUUGGAACAUCAGCUAUUUUGGAAGAGGUAUUUGUUCAAGAAGGCCCUGUUGGAGGACGAUUUGGCUAGGCAGGAGCUCCAACAAAGGCGCGAGCAGAAGGAGAAGGAACCUCGUCCAACUACUAAAGAAGAUGGCGAAGCAAGCAUGAAAUGGGAACGAGAUUUUGCGGCUGAUGUGGAACUAACUGAGGAGGAGCAGAUCGCCUUGCUUGAACAAUACGAAAAAGAGCUGAAAAGUAAGUCGCAGACCGGCAAAAAAUCUAAAGCUAAACAUCAGGAUGGCGCGGCUGUUGAAAAAUCCCACGUGAUAACACAAGAACCGGCAGUGAGGAGAUCGGAAAUUCCCGCUGUAGACCCGAGCGCUACAAUGCAGCUUACUAAAGUUGACUCUGCAAUUAGUUUAGGCAAGGCGGGUAGCAGCAGCAGCAGCACCGACGACGAUUGGGAGAAGAUCAGCGACAUUGAAAAAUAAACCGGCGAAUGACCAUGCUACUUAUGACUAUUUCUAAUGGCAGGAAGAAGCUCACCGUGUGUUUAAAGCAUUUAGUCAACUGCAGGAAAUUCUUGACCAUUUUUUUCAGUUCUGUGAUAAUAUUCCGUUGUACAAUUAGCGUUGCUGGUUCCAUAACCGUCCUGUUCAGCCGUGAGCUUCUUCGAGCGAUCCUACAAAGUAUCUACAUAAACAUAUAUAUAUAAUAUAUUCAAUCUUAUUUGUUAUCGUAAAAGAGUAUUCCGAACUCUUUCGAUAAUUUAGUUCGUAAUUUUAAUACAAUAAACCGUUCAGACUUACAUACGGUCCACUUACCGGCAUUUUACACGUUACUUUUAUGUUGAGUUAAUCUUGACUUGUUUUGUUUAAGUUUUUCCGUAUUAAAUGUGUUUUUUAUUAGUCAUUAAACCAGCGUGUUGAUGUGAUUCAGGUUA